AUGGUUUCGAGUACUGCAGCUGAGGCGACCGAUUCGGUCAUGCAAGAAUACCUCCAGUCACUGCCCCAGAUGCACAUGGAGCCGCUCUGGGCGCGUAUGAACGACAUGGUGCCUCCCUCGCCAAACCCGGCGUGCCAGCCGCAUCUCUGGUGCUACGACGACUGCCUCCCCUUCCUCUCCCAAGCGGGCAGUCUUGUUACGGAGCAGAUGGCGGAGAGGAGGGUGUUGAUGCUCGUGAACCCUUCGAUGAAGGCUCCGCACACCACUGACACACUCUACGGUGGUCUGCAGUGGGUAAAUCCAGGCGAAGUCGCGCCUGCUCAUCGUCAUAUCGCCUAUGCCGCGCGCUUCAUCAUCGGCGGGAAUGGCUUCACUGCCGUCGAGGGCAAGAAGAUGCCGCUGCAGCGCGGGGACGUGGUGGUCACACCCACAUGGCAUUGGCACGACCAUGGUAACGAGAGCAGUGAGCCCGUGGUGUGGCUGGACGUCUUGAAUCUCCCUCUAUUCACCUAUCUACCCGUCAACUUCGCCGAGGGCUACGAAAAGGAUCGAUACCCCAGUGUUGAGGACGCAGGUGCAGACUGGCGCCAUCCAUGGCACAAGACGCAAGCGGCUCUGGAUGACACUACCGAGUCGUACUCCAUCUUCCACUACCGGGACUCCAAGGGCCGGCCUCUAUCCACCACCAUCGGGGUGCAGGCGGAGCGCCUGGGUCCAUCCUCCAUCUCAAAGCCUUCACAGGAUGUGAGCUCGUUCCUGUACCACUGCUACAAGGGACAGGGCCACACUAUUGUCACCCCCCCAAAGGGUGAGAAGCUGGUUCUCCACUGGCGCGGGCGCGAUACAUUUGCUGUACCUGCUUGGUCGAAAGUGCAGCAUUUCAAUGAGUCGAUGACAGAGCCGGCGUAUCUGGUGGGCUUUCAUGAUGGCCCUUUCAUCGAUAACUUGGGGCUGCGAGCUAGUCCACCUGCCGCUUAA